ACUGUGACAUCUGCGGCGUUCGCCUCAUGACGCAAGGGUCACGCGCUGGAGGUUUGGCAAAUCCGCGCGUGCGCAAAGCGAUGCGAACCUGCACAAGUUGCCGCAUUAGUUGGAUUAAUAAGAAAGUUACAGAUGGAGCCUGCCUCUGGCGUGGAAGAGGAACCAAAACUCAGACAUGUUGAGAAGGACAUUUUGAUUCCCAAAAUCAUGAGAGAGAAGGCCAAAGAGCUGUGUUCAGAAAAAGUGGACGCCUUUACCAAAUGUUGUCAAGAAACAGGCCUUCUGAUGGUGGUAAAAUGCAGAGAGGAAAAUGCAGCACUGAAAGAAUGUCUCAAAGGCCACUAUACCAAUCCAGCAUUUUAUGAAGAAUGCAAGGCUGAAUAUUUAAAGCAAAGGGAAGAUUUCAGAACAAAAGGAAUUCGUCCUGCUCAGAAGGAACAGAGAAUUCCUACCAGUAUGUAGCCAAUUUUAAAGUCUCUGGCAGUAUUUCUUUUUUUAAACCUGAACUUACAUAUGCCUUUAAAUGAUGGAACAAUAAAAUAUUCUAUUUUUUCAACCUAA